CUCUGCUUCUCUUUCGUCCGCGGCCGCCGCCUCCUCCUCCUCCUCCUCAGUCUCCUCUCUCUCUUCCCAUUUGCGAUGGCGCCGUCUAAGCCCAGGAGCAAGAGCCGGAACCCUCUCCUUAUUCCCGGCAUCGGAAAGUUCUCGCGUUCCAAGAUGUACCACAAGCGCGGCAUCUGGGCUAUAAAGGCGAAGCACGGCGGGACCUUCCCUCGCCACGACCCCAAGCCCGCUGCUCCUGAGCCGGCGUCGAAGAAGCCCCCAAAAUUCUACCCCGCUGACGAUGUCAAGACCCCCGUGCCCAAUCGCCGCAAGCCCAAGCCAGCAAAACUCAGAGCCAGCAUUACCCCAGGAACGGUUCUCAUCCUCCUCGCGGGCAGGUUCAUGGGGAAGAGAGUGGUUUUCCUUAAGCAGUUACCUUCCGGAUUACUUCUUAUCACUGGCCCUUUCACUGUUAAUGGGGUACCCUUAAGAAGGGUUAAUCAAGCUUAUGUUAUAGCUACUUCAACUAAAGUUGACAUAUCUGGUGUCAAUGUUGAUAAGUUUGAUGAUAAAUACUUUGCAAAGGAUAAAAAAAAGGCGUACAAGAAAAGCGAAAGCUCAUUUUUUGAGACUGAGAAACAGGAAAAAAAGCUGCCUCAACAGAAGAAAGACGAUCAGAAGGCGGUUGACACUCCACUCAUUAAGGCUAUUGAAGCAGUGGAGUAUUUGAGAGGUUACCUCGGGACAAAAUUCACCCUCAGGUCUGGAACGAAGCCUCAUGAGCUACAAUUUUAAAUGGUAGUUUGAUUGUUAUGUGUCUUUCUUUGCAUGAAGCAUAAUUUUAUGGAGUUUGUAACUGACUUUAAUUUCCUUUGCGUUCUUACUCAAGUAAGAUUUUUGCUGUCAGGAUCACUUGGUUAUCUACUAGACUGUUAUAAAUUUUAUCCUUCAUGAUCUGUUUGGAUUAUAUUCUAUUCAAUCAUAUCUGUCUUUAUUCAUUUUA